UCGGUCAGUUAAAUCUUUAAGCAUAAGUGGGCGUGUGUGUUACCACUCCGCUGCUAGGGCGCAUGCGAACUAGAGGCCCUAACAGGGAAAGCCUCCCUUCAGAUCUAAGCCAGCUGCCUUGAUUUAACCACUCCACUAUUGCAAGCAGGAGUAUAAGGGAACUCAUGCAAUGCCUCCUUGAAACAACUCUACCUAUGCUGCUACUCUGCUUUGCUAUUUUUAGGUUGAAAUUACUGGACGUCAAGGGGCACUUUUUGGGAGGGGGUUACAAACAAACUGACCCCAGGAGGUUAAGGAGUUAGUGGAGGAGGGGAGUGGGAGGAAAAGUAGGGGGGAGGGCUGGUGGUCCCAAAAAGCAAGUAGCAGAAGAAGCAGCAAGAAGAGGUAACCGGAGGAGAUGGCUACUGGUGAAAUCACAACCCUGCCCCCUUCCACCGAAGAUGGCGGUGCCGGUGGUCUAACUCCAGGGACUUUCAAGGACCCCAAAAGAUUGUACUGCAAGAACGGGGGAUACUUUCUGAGGAUAAGGUCGGAUGGAAUCGUGGAUGGGAUACGGGAGAAGAGCGAUCCUCAUAUAAAGCUUCAGCUGCAGGCGACCUCAGUGGGGGAGGUGGUCAUCAAGGGGCUGUAUGCUAACCGCUAUUUGGCCAUGAACAGAGAUGGACGUUUGUUUGGAGUGAGGCGUGCCACAGAGGAGUGUUACUUCUUAGAGCGCCUGGAGAGUAACAACUACAACACGUACAGCUCAAAGAAGUACCCACACAUGUAUGUGGCCCUCAAGAGGUCUGGACAUCACAAAUCUGGAAACAAGACCAGCCCCGGUCAGAAGGCCAUCCUCUUUCUCCCCAUGUCAGCCAAGAGCUAA